UUCCUGACUGGUCGGGCGAAGCGUCGUGACGUCAUACGCUGGCUGAGGCGAAGGAGAGCAUUCGGAGAGCGUGAGGGAAGCGGUGUGUGAGGAGGAACCAUGAGCAAAGCGCACCCGCCGGAGCUGAAGAAAUUUAUGGAUAAGAAGCUGUCAUUGAAAUUAAAUGGCGGCCGGCAUGUCCAGGGGAUUUUACGAGGAUUCGAUCCCUUUAUGAAUCUUGUGAUAGACGAGUGCGUGGAAAUGGCCCAAGGCGGACAACAGAAUAACAUCGGGAUGGUGGUAAUACGAGGAAACAGUAUUAUUAUGCUAGAGGCUUUGGAACGGGUGUGAAGGAACCAUUGGACUCUACCACAAUGUGAUUCUCUUUUUUUUAAUAUACCAUUAUUUUGUAUUGUACGAGAUAUGGGAAAUUCCCCACUCCUUGUGUGAUUUUUUAAAAAAUAAAUUGUUAAAACUGGUUUAACACUU